CUUAUCAAACAGGAUGCUCUGCUCUCAUAGUUUCCAUGGUUUGACAAUGUAUGUCACCUGUCUGUAGCUGUAGCACACUAACUUUGUUUGCACCAUUUAAAGUUGCUGGUCCUUGCAGUGUGUUAUCCAUUGUGGUGAAUAUCAGCAGAUAACAUUCAGUAAUAACGGAGAACAUCACUGAUUUGCAUUAGGAAAGGAAAAAGCUUUAGACCGCAAAGCAUCAGUUGUGUUGAAUCUAACAGUUCCCAAAGUCUCUCUUGGGAAGAAUCAAUGGGAGACUGUGUUUCUUAUAAUAAAAGAUGAACUAUUACAGAGAUAAUUAAUCUAAAGAUAUUGGCAAGACUGGACGUGGGAUUAAAUCUUAAAAGCAGCUGUAAAAUAAAGUCUACUGAUUUUCUACUGAAAUUAAUAACUGGAAACAAAAAACAUGAAUACACCAAGGACCACUUGUAUUCUCUUCUAAAAGAAAAAAUGCUGUACUUUGUACAGAGGCAUGAUUUCAUAAUUUUUUUCCAUGCAGAGAGCAUGCCAUUUCUGUUGGGUUGCUGAAUCAGUAUCCUACAGCAAAGGUUAUGACGCUAGUGUUUGGAAAGUCUUAGUCAUUCAAAUUAUGUUUGAUCCCUCCAACAUGUAAUUGCAUAUUUGAUUUGUAAAUUGGAAAUCCCCAUAAAUCACAUUUUCCCCUCUAUAUUUAGAGCUGUAAACUUCCAAGGGGGCUGUUGAAUAUAAUAUAAUAUAAUAUAAUAUAAUAUAAUAUAAUAUAAUAUAAUAUAAUAUAAUACUUCCAAACUAUUUGUAGUUCCCACUGCUAUGUGAAGCGUAAAAGCGCCAUCACGUGGUCAUUAUGAAGAACUUCUGGUGUUGAAAAAGAUGCGAAUAUGCAAAACACAGUUAAAGAUUAAAUCAGCGCAGAACCGUACAAUUUAUCUACAGUUGGCUUAAUCUUUGGUAAAUAUUUGACUUAAAAUCAUAAUAAUAAUGCUUAUAUUUUCCAUCCUGGGUGUGUGACCCAUUAGUGGCAUUGUGUUGUGCUGUAUUGUUUUGUUGUAACGUUCGCCGUGCUGAAAUUCAUAUUGUUUGUUGUGCUACAAGUCCUAUUCCUGAAUGCUAAUAAAAUGUGGACUCACAGGGAAAGGAGCAGCUUUGUGUCCUUCAAAAUAACCCUUUUCGUCAGCACGCGUCGCUGGUGUUGUGGUAUCACGCAAGAGGCCCAUUCUUGUGAUACAGGUUCGAUUCCCGCUUGGUGCACAAUAUAUUAAACCUCUCAAAAUGAAGCAGAAACAUUAACAAUGAGAAAGCGUUGAUUAAUUGUAAUUCACUGAAUGUCGUUCGACUCUUCUAAUAUAAUCAAAAAGCACCAGUUGAACAUAUUAACGUCACCAUUUCAAAAUACUGAUAUCAAGGCUAGUCACUUUAACAUCUUUUUCUUCACUCAGCAUUUAAUGACAUUGAUUAUACAGGAUUGUUUUACAGGUUAUUAAACAACAGCUGUUUUUCUCGUUCACUGUAAACUUACUGACUUUUGAUCGAUUGCCUUCAAAGGUGUCAAACAGCAAAAAAACAAAAACAAAAAAAUAAAUAAAAAUAAAAAUAAAACACCGAUAAUAAUAUACAAUUAAUAGUUACAUUUUAUUUGCGAAUUAUAUAAAGAAACGCCGGUUCCCAUAAAGCUUUUUAAAAAACGAAUUUGAUUUGAUCGAUUGAGUGAAAGAUUCAAUGAAUCGAGUGUUUCGAUUGAGUGAAAGAUUCAACGAAUCAAGUGUUUCGAUUGACUGAAAGAUUCAAUGAAUCGAGUGUUUCGAUUGAGUGAAAGAUACAAUGAAUCACUCACCAACUGGCGUAUUCCUGAAUGAAUCCUUUUAAUGAAGGGAAAAAGAUUCGCUUGAAGGAAUCCAAGCAAAUGGUCUUUUAUUUACAGACACAGGCUUAUGUGAACACUUAAUCCACAGCCAUGGACAAAUAUUUUCUCCAUGGAAACUAAAGUAAACAACUAACGUUAACAGUAGGCUCAGUGUACUACUGUUGGGUUUUGGCUAAUGUCACUGCCUUAGUAGUAUACAUGUCUUUGUAUGUAGAAGAUAAAAACGCCUGCUAAAUGAAUAUGUGUAAUAAGCGAAGGCAGCUUGUGAGAUGUCUUUUUGUGAACUGAAGCGCUUCUGUUGUUGCUUGGCAACAAGCUCAUGCGUUUGUGUAAAGUCUCUAGGAGGGUGUAACGUUAACUGAAAAGUUUGAGACUUCAUGAACUGAAGUCUAUGAUUGAAUCGAAUGAUUUCUGUUAUUUAUUCGUUUUUUAAAAACAGCACACUUGAAUGGAUCUGCACAUUUCUAGAUCAUUAACAUGACUGAAGUGAAAUGUUUGAGGGGAGAAUCUGGUGGUUCGGUGCUCGAAUGGUCUUGUAAAGGAGACGAUGAGUUCAGUAUUUGUGGACGCUGUCAGUCGUGUGUCCUCGCUGAGAAACUGCACCACUCCACCCAAUGGAUGAAAAAGACUGGAGGAGCAUCCCAGAGGAGGUUUCUCACUGGCAUUCUGGUGCGCUGCCACAAUCUUCAAAUCCUGGAGAAUCUUCAGAGUGUUUUACAAGUCACAUCAGGCAAGGAUUUCACAUAUGCCAGGUCCAGAGGCCACCUCAACCGACCCCAGGACUCCAUGUGUACAAUGUAUGGAGCUCUGGACACAAAACUGAAAGGAAUGGACAUGUUGGAAACUUGGGAAUGGUUUAGGAAGAGCCCAGACUGGAUCAAGUCCAAGUAUGUGCUGGGGCUCUUGUCUUUAUGUGACACCUCUCUUUUGCACAUGUUAGGAAAUCUGGUGCAUAUCCUGAUUGUUUGGGAGAAACACAAAUUUCUAAACUUCAACAGUCCCGAUCUCUCAGUUACAGAGUCACGAGUCUCCUACCAUUCAGAAUCUGACCACACAGAUCUAGAUCUUCUCAUCCAAGCAUGUACUGUAUAUGAGCCAGCUGACCUCCCUCAGGAAGCUCACCAGGACAGUCAAACAGUCUUAAAACAGGAGCUUUCAGAACACUUGAAUGACUCCAAAUCUCUCAAGAGUAUCUGUGAUGUGGUUGAGCUCGACGUUCAGAAUGUUGAUCCCUGGAACAGAAGAACGAAAGGCCAAGAUUCAGAUUCUGACUGUUGGGAUGAUCCAGAUCCUGCCCUCACUGUUGUCCCCAGGUCAUCAAAAUCACUGUCGGGGGUCAGCCGUCAUAGAGAUUUUAUUCGAAGCCUGCCAGUCGACAUUGCAAAGAGGAUUUUAGGGCUUUUGGACAAAGUCUCACUGUACAGCUGCAAGCGUGUGUCCAUGCACUGGCAAUGGCUAACGGAGGAGGUCUUAACCGAAUUUGAAGUAAAGAAGAGUAUUGAGAAACAGGCCAUGAUUCUGCAGGGUAACUCAGCGUCUAAGGUCAACCCUGAUUAUGCAAAGAUCUGUGAAGUUGUAGUGCCAGUCAGUGAGAAGGACAAGCACUUUCAGCAUGGAGAAUCUUUCCCCAAACAUAAGCCGUUACAAGAGCAAGAUUUGGAUUCUAUCUACAAAGGCUUUAAAACCAAGACAGUCCAGUUGGAAGAACGCAACGUGUACUGUGGAGUGUAUAACAUAUCAGUCCUGUUCGAAAGAGAAGAUCCGAGUAGAGUGAUGCAUUAUGCUGGGGGGCAGUUAGUGGCAGUUGGCUCCAAGGACCGUAUAAUCAGGUUGCUGCAUGUCCCAUCACUAAAGGAGAUUCCUCCAGUGAUCCAAGGACAUGCAGGUAGUAUAAGAGCAGUCCUGGUUUGUGAAGAGAGAGACCUAGUUAUCAGCGCCAGCUAUGACCUCAGUAUCAGGUGCUGGAAUCUGAAGACAGGUGAAUGUAGGAUAAUUUUUCAUGGACAUUUCGGCACUAUAAACUGCCUGGAUUUGUAUGAAGAUAAAUUGGUGUCUGGAGCCAAAGACUGUAGAGUUAAAGUGUGGAACCUACUGACGGGGAAAUGUGUUGAGAGUCUGAAGUUUAAACACCUUAAACCUAUCACGUGUGUGAAGAUUAAUGAAACACUGGUGAUCAGCAGCUGUGCUGGAGGUCAGAUCAGAAUAUGGAGCAUGGAGACAGCAUCACUUAUAAGGCAAAUCAGUGGCCACCAGGGGGCAGUGCUGUGUCUGUGCAUCAAUCAGUGGCAUAUCCUCUCUGGGGGUUCAGAUGGGGUGGUCAAGGCAUGGAGCACCAACUCUAGCUUCAAGAAGUGCCUUAGAAUCUUCCAGCAUCCGAAAGAGGUGUUGACCAUGUCUUUCCUGUUCCUGCGGAUCAUUACCGGCUGCAUGGAUGGCAAGAUCCGGAUCUUCAACUUCUUAACUGGACACUGCCUGAGAGUUAUUAAGACAAACAUGAAGCAAUGCCCUGUCCUUUCUCUGUACACGCAUCACAACACUGUGGUUGUAAACAACAGAAGCAGUGUUCUGAUGCUUCAGUUUGCGGAGGUUCACUGGGACUACUCUGCCAGUGCUGUCAGAAAUUUUCUCGAGCCGUCCCACGUCUCCCCUGAAAAUGUGCUUCGGAGUGCUGAACGGUUGACUCGAGGGAGCUCAUCCAGACUAAAAAGUCGGUCCCACCAUUUUAAGAGCCUCUCAGCCCCCAGUAUGCAGCGUGCACAAGGUGCUCAGCAGGAGUCCACAAGGGCGGCGACCAGGAGUCAACUCCAGGCUUGUCGUCACAGCAGGGCCUCCAUCAGCCCGCAGUCUGAGUCCCACGCCAGGCCUCGAUCUGUUCUUUCAGCAGGCAGGUCUGUCAGUGGAUACAAGGACUUUCAAAACAGAGUCAGCCAGACACAAAGCACUUCCACCAGCAGCUUGGAUAAGAAGACUUUUGACAACAAACGCUCAGUACUCAGCCAGAGUGAGAGGGCAGCCCGAGACAGGGUGAGAAAGCGAGGUCCUCACCACCCAAUGACUCAAGACCUAAUUCUACUAAGAACCAGCAGCGCCCAGCAGGGCCAGUGCAGUGACCUGGCAAGGUCCAACAUGGAGCUGAAUGCCAGGGUACGAGAUGCCUGGGGACCUGAUUCCUCCAAAGAGCCAUCGUUUCAAAUCACCACCAAAAAAAACUCUGAAAUGCAUUCCCCAUUCACUACCCAUAGAGUUGACCUCAGCCCUCAGAGCUCCUCCCAGUCCAGACAGACCUGCUUCACACCCCACUCCUUUCCCAAACAAUCCCAGAGGUCAUUCAAAGUAGUUAGGCCUAGAACAAACAAGAUUGUCCUACUGAAUACGACAUCCCCUGAAGAUGGCAACACACCACAGCGAUUGUUUAUGAGGCGAACCUCCAUGCCCACACAUUGCAAUGAAGAUUUGGAAACGACCAACAAGUCCAGUUCAUAUCACGUCCCACUAAACCCCUUCAGGGAGCGUGGAGACUUUCAGCUGAGGACGGACACUCAACUGGAGGCUUACAUUCAGCAGAUUCACAAACAUAGCAGUGGUGAUGACCAAGGUAAAACUAUUUGGAAGCGCAGUCAUUGUCAGCAGUAAGGUAUUAAAAUCUAAAGACAUGACACUUUUGUCAUAGCUAACAAGCCAUACUGAUUUCUCAGUUAAAAUUUUUAAACUCUAUAUAGGUAUAAAUAUAUAAAAUAACGUAAUACAAUAUUUAAAAUUGCAUUUUGCAUUUGCUAACUUCAAUUGCAUUUGGUUGAAAAUGUAGUUUAAGAGGUUAACUCGGUUUAGAACAUACAGUAGCAACUGGUCCAAGCUGGUCAUUAUUAGCUUAACCAUGUGGAACCAGCAACAAACCAUCUACCAGGUUUUUAAGCUGUUUUUUUAAACAUGGUGGAUGUUCUACUAAUAACCAGGUAAAAACCAUGUUCCGAAAACAAAGCUAAAUUAAUGGAUGUAGCAUUAUAUAUAUAUAUAUGCAAUUUGAGCUUUUUAUUGACAUUUUCUUUUGUGGCCUUUUUGUAUGCUUGGACAUGUUUGCUAGGGGGCAGCAAAGUACAAGUUAAAAUGUCCCAUGUAAAUAUUAAUCUCAGGGUGGUACAUUUAUUAAUGGAUAUUAUUUGAAGUAGUUUUAAAUCUUUACAUUUUAAAGGGUAUUUUGCAUUACACUGUAAUCUUUAUGCAUUUGCUCGUUUAAGAUUGUGUGUCUGGUUAUUUCAGACAGUUCAUCACCAGUUCUGCAUGCAUAUACAAACACUGUGACUUUUACCUAAUUA